AUGGCAUCCUCACAAGCCGGUGGCGGCGCCGGAGGUGGACGCAAAGUCGCGAUCGUGACGGGUGGAGCAAGCGGCAUCGGCCUGUCCAUGACCAAAUACUUUGCAUCGGAAGGGUACGCGGUCGUGAUUUUCGACGUGAACAGCGCAUCCGGCGCAUCCGUAGCAGAGAGCGUGGCCGCCGAGUCACCCAAGGCUACCGUCUCGUUCAAGCAGACCGACGUCUCAUCAUGGGAGACACUAUCAGCCACCUUUGAGGAAGUGUACAAGGAGCAAGGACGGAUCGAUGUGGUGAUGGCAAAUGCGGGCAUCUCAGAGCAAGGCUCGAGCAGCCUGGUCACGUUGGGGGAAGAAAAGCCUUCGAAACCGAACCUCAAAGUGUUGGAUGUCAACCUGUUCGGAGCAAUCUACUCCGUAAAACUGGCGGUACACUAUAUUCAGAAGAAUGAGGUCGACUCGGCUACCAACUCGAGAGGCUUGAUCGUUGUCACUUCUUCCAAUGCUGGGCUCUAUCCUCUACCAGUAGCCCCGAUGUACUCAGCUUCCAAGUUCGGCGUGAUCGGCCUAGUCCGAUCCCUGGCGCUGCCCCUUGAGAGGGUCAAGAUCCGAGUGAAUGCUCUCGCGCCUGCUGUCCUAGAGACGAAUAUCGCGCCAUCCAAGUCGUUGUUCGCCGACAUGAUCUUGACGCCCAUGUCAACCCUCGUGAACGGUGUGCGAAAGUUUGUCGAGAACCCGUCAUUAUCCGGAGAGGUGGCUGAGAUUCACGGCGACAACGUCACGCUGAGACCACCGCACGAAGUCGUGGACGAGGACAGCCAGAAGAACUUGGACAAUUUCUGGGCACUGGGGUUUGCGUAA